AUGUAUGAUAUUAAUAGAAAACAUAUAAAAGAACUAAUAAACAAAUACAAAGAUAAUGAGAAGGUAGCAUAUGACUUAGAGUAUGUAAUAGAACGAGGGUUGAGAUAUAUCUAUGCCGAACUUCAUGAAAAUUCUAAAGAAAUACAUCCAUGUAGAAAGAAAUUUUCAGAGACAAUACUCACCGGUAAACCACAUGUAUGUGAUUCCUUUAAUAUCUUACUGAAGUUUAAUAAAUUAAAUCACAUAGAUCCUAAAUUCAUAGGAUUUUCUAAUAAAAAUAUAGCAUUGGUAGUAAAUGAUUCAAAUGAUAAUAAUCAAGUAAAACAAAAGAAACAAAAAAACCAGUUACUUUGUGGAUAUUUUAUGAAUAAUGUAGUAUUUAAAACUAAAUGUAAUGAUAUAACAGCAUUAGAGGUUACGAAAUCAAAAAUAUACCUAGGCACUAAGGAGGGUGUGUUAAUAUACUAUGAUCCAAUAUCAUCAUCUUCAAUACUUGAUCAUAGACAUAACGCACCAAUAACAUCAAUUCAUUGGAUUAAACAUAAUUUAAUAGAUGAUUAUGUUCUAACAAGUUCAGAAGAUGGAUGUAUUUAUUUAGAGAAAUUGAUAAAAUUAAGUGACCAAUCAAUUCAGGAUGUAAUUCGUGUUAAUGAAGAUGUUUAUUUUUUUGUAAGCGGUGAAAAUACGGUUGGAAUAUUUAAUAGAGGAAAAAUAAGCACAUUUGAUUUUCAUAAAGAUAGAAUUAUCAAUAUAAGUUAUAAGAAUAAUAUAGGAGUAACUUCAUCAGCAGAUGGUGUGUUAGGAUUUACUAAUUUAAUAUCACUAACUUAUGAAACUUUAAAUAUAGGAUGUUCUCAUCAUAAGAGAAUUUCAUCAACUAAAUUAUUGUGUUAUGGAUUAAGUAAGGUAGUUAUUUACGAUUUUUUAGAAAAUAAAACAUUUUUAAGUUUUAAGGAUGCAAUGUUCCAAUGUAAAACAGCAGAUUUCUAUGAAAAUUUGCUAGUUUACUCAUUUGGUCAAAUGUUAUAUUUUUAUGAUUUGCUGUCUAAAAAGAAACUUAAUUUAUGUUUAGAUAGUUCUAUAAAUGAAAUAAGAUUUUCUCAGAAUGCCAAUUUUUGUAUUGUUUGUACUGAUAGUGAGACUAUUUUAAUUGAAAUAAAAUAA